AUGGCGCCAAAAAAAAUGGUGAAAAAAAGAAAAGAAGAAAAAUCACAAAAAACACUUGCUUCAUAUUUUGGCACAGCAAAAACUAUCAACAAUCCAGCAUCGUCAAGCCGAGACUCUGUGAGCAACACAACCAAUAACAACAAUGCUAACAAUAGGUCAUCUUCAUCCACAUCAUCAACUUCAACCAUUAAACGAAAAUCGCUAGAUUCCUCUCUAACAAAAUCUCCAUCAUCAGCCAAGAGGAAAAUAAUUGAUGAUCCAAUAGAAGUUGAUGAUGAAGAUGAUGAUAUUUUAAUGUUAGGAAACAAUGAUUAUCACUUUAAACCACUCUCUAGUACUUUUAAUGUGGUGAGAAAGAUUUCAAGUGCUCCUAAAAGUACUCAAAUUGCUUCACUUGCCUUUACACCUGUGGGUUGUACUUGUGUUUAUCCGUACCAUUCACAUUAUUCACAUGAUCAGAUUUAUCAACAUGCUAUUAGAAAAGCACAACCUCCAACAACAUCACAACUCUUUUAUCGUAAAUUGACAGGUAUUCCCUUGUCUAAACAUGUGGGACAGGUUUACGAAAGACAGGAAACUCAAAAUUGGUUCAAGAACAAACCAUCAGAAUUGGCUAGAUUGGUAGAUAUGGCAGACACACAAGCUACAGAAUAUGUUACUUGUAUGGAUGUUUGUGGAAAUUCAAUGGUAUAUGGAACACAUAAGGGAAAUGUAACAAUGUGUAGUUUUGUAGAUAGAGAACGAUAUUUCAGGCAUUCAUUCUAUGAUGCAAGGAUUUCAAAUGUAAGAAUUAACCCUUACUUUUCAGAUGAGCUUUCAGUUUCAACACUUUCAUCCUACACAGGAGCUCUUUGCUUAUUUGACAUGACAACAGGAAAAAUCAAGAGUACUGUUCUAAAUGAUAGUGUACUAGAUUUUGAAAAUAGGGAUAUGAAUACUUUGAUAUUAUCAAAAAAGAGUGGUAAACUAGAUAUCAUUGAUGUAAGGACAAAAAAUACUAAGAAAAUUCCAGUUAAUGUGCCAAUGACCAGUUCAAGCAGUGCUGCCAGUACCACUACUGCUUCUAAUACUGCAAACAGCUCAAUUCCAAAAACUACAGCACAGGGAGUUAGUGUUUUGGUUCCUAAAAAGAGUGCAAAAAAGAAAACAACCAUUCACAAUACUUCUGCUCCCAUGUUUUAUUCUGAUCCUUUUGAUUGCAUUUCUAUUGAUAAGAAUGAUUCAAAUUACAUUUAUGCAUCAUCCUUUCAUAGUAUGGAUCUCAAAAUUUUUGAUAUCAGAAAGAGUAUGAACGACUCAGUUAGGAGCAUUAAUGUUUCGUCUAGCGUUCAAGAGCUGAACAAUAGACUUGAAAAAUCAAUUAUCAAUCUUGAACUACCUGUACAUCCUUCUAUUAAUAAUGAAUUCCGAACUGAAACAGGUCUCCAAAUAACUGAGGUAACUCAAUUAUUUAGAGGUCCUAAGCAAAAAUUUGCUGCAAGUAGUAGUGCUCCUUCAAAGGGCAUUAAGUCAUUUGGUACAACAAAGAGUGGAUAUAUUCACUUCUUGACUACGAGUGGUGGAGUUGGUUUAUUGGAUCCUUUAACUAGGAGAGUAAGCAAAUUUUAUGAAGACUCACGAUCAUUUAGCUUGGGUUCUUUCAAUCAGAAAGGUGAUGUGAUAGAGAGUGAUAAUGGAUUAUUUGUGUUAGCUCCAUACGGCACUUCUGUAGCUGUAUUGGAUUGGAGUAGACCAAAUAUUUGUGAAUGGGAAACUGUUGAUAAUGUACAUGUAAAAACAACAUCUCACAAGUAA